GUUUCCCUGACAAAUCAAAAUUGACUUUAAAUUGACAACUGAAAUCAUGAAACUCUUCUCUUGAAGCAACUGUAAAGACUAGUAGAGCAAGACUUGUCUAUGGAGGGUAGUAAGAUUGUGUAUGGUCGAUAUAACGACCUUCUGAAAGGGCUAGAUAUAGGUUCUGUAUGUGAAUACUUCCUACACCAGAGUCUACUAACAUCUCAAGAAGUUCAGACUGUACUCUAUGAAGUGGAUGAUCAAAGCAAUAAGAGACGGCUAGCUAAGACUCUAGCUGAUAAAGGAACGACAAGGUUUUCUGAGAUAAGUUCUAUGAUUCGACAAUGUCGAUCCACUGCUCGUAAAGAGUCGGGGUCAACCAAUCAGGGUGAGGUUUCACUUAUAUCAAGAUCUGCCCCAAAUAAUCGUCUGGAGUCUCCCAAGAAACGUUCACAAAUGGAUCCUUUCUCAGUGCUUUUCUUCACUUUCAUCUCUCAACUCAAGUCCUACUGGCUGACUCACGGAGGACCAACAUGGCUAGACGAUGAUGUUUUCGAUGACACCAUAACUGACUACUUUCCACCUGAUGUAGUGCGAGUGAUUUCUCAAAAGAUCGUGCCCAUUAAAUUGUCUGUAAUAUUAGAAGCCUAUCAGCAACUAAUCAGUAAAACGUCUGAUACAGAAGACAAUUCGACUGUUAGCUUGAGGAGCACUCUUGAAAAAUCAGAAGAGAGGUGCAAGCAACUGGUUGUAGUGACCCAACAGUGGGCUCUCGAGUGUGGAGACAAAGACAAGGCGAUUUCUAUCUAUGAGGCUGAGACUAAGCAGUUAAAGGAUGUUAUUGUUCAGCUUGAAAAGAGAAUUGGCAAGUACAAACGAUACUGGCAGGACAACCGCUCUCUUGAAGAAAUGAGAACUGAAGUUGAACAGCGAAAAAUUCUCCAUGACAAAGUACGAGAAGACAAAGAGAGGUUUGAAAAACAGACACAACAUCACAGUCAGGAGAACAAACGACUUAUUUCAACAAUAGAGACACUCAAAGAUCACCUUGCUGAAGCUGAAGACAGAUUGGGGAAUAUGAAACUGCAAGCUACCGUGAAAGAGCCUGCUGUGCGGGAAAUGACGCUACUGAGAUCAGAGCUACGGGAGAGCCAGAUGGAAAAUCAACGAUUGUUUGAUGAGAGGAAGCAAAUGGAAGACGAGGUAAUGGCUCUAAAAAUGACACUUGAGGAGUAUGAACGUGUUCCAGUUCAACCACCCGCAGCCCCAAAGCCCAAACCACGAACUCAGGCUAUGGUAACCGGGUUUCGCCCAAGACAGUACAAACAAGUGGACAGGGAUGUUCAUGUUUUUACCCGAGACCCGGUAGUUGACAACACCUCAAUCGACUAUGACAGUGAUUCAAGCUCUGAAGACUCCCUUCCGAGCUCCAACAUGAGCUCUCAACCCUCUAAGAGUAUGGAUGUGGACCCCACUCCAUUUAGAAGAAGUGACUUUGAAUCUGAUGAGAUCUCUGUUGGUCUGCCAGCUGGUGACUACACCCUCGGUACUCGCUACCCCAGCCACACCACCAUCAAGGUGGCUCCUUUGGACCACCCCCCGACAAGAUGUGCUGAAGUUGUGAGCAGAGAGAAGGUUUGCCCGAGCUGUAAUCGUGCUUUCAUGGCUCUAAGCGACAGAGAGUUUCAAUCCCACUUCGCUCACUGCUUCAAGUAACAAGGAAAGUAAAGAAACACAAACAUACUAUUAUCCAUGAAGGAUCAAAUUUUUGUAUGCAGCUGUAAUUACUGCUUUUAUUCUCAUAAUGAUUAUCAUUGUGCUAACGUGUGACCUAUAGUAUACUAAUAAUUAUUAUGACUCAUGA